ACGAAGUAUACACGGUAAUGCAAAAAGCCAUGGAUGUGGGAUUGCUCAACCGCGGCGUGCGCUGCCUCUUCACGGAGCCUGGCGCCGCUUUAUCAGCCGCUUCUUAUCACCCUAUGUGCGAGUGCAUGUUGCAACAAGCCCCGCCGCCCGAUUGGCGCUAUUUAGUGCGCUUCCCAGUGCUCAAGCGCCAUGUAUUGGCUCAGUUCCAGUCCGUUGCCUCAGAAAUGGCCAAAACGCCACAAACGCCUCGCAAACGGAAGAAACGGAGCGUCGCACAGCAAAGUGGAGACGUCCAAGAGUACAAAACACUUUGUCUCGCUUCUCUAUGUCAAAAAUUGGCGCAAUGCGAGCUAUUGGCAAUCGGAGAGGCGGAGUUGAUGAAGACUGUCGUGAAACUCGAAUCUCUCGACAUUCUACGGCGUGUUGUUGUUGGCAGAUUGCUGCCACUAAGGAUACGAGUGCUGCUACUGGCUUUUGCAUUGCAGGAGCAAGGAGCGAAGUGUCUGGAGGCGGAAGUGCAGAGCUGGAUCCAGCAAGUCUGUGAGAAGAUACUCGAGGAGGUUCUUGAAGCCACAGCGACGAGCGGUUCGAGUGAGCCACCAAAAAAGAGAGCGAGGACAAGAUCAGAUGGUAAAAAGAUAGAGGGACUAGAGGAGAUGGAAAAGAGCUGUGAGUUUUGUCGAGGUGAAGCUAGUGUUGAGUUCUUGAGGUCGAAGUAUGGAGGAUGGGAAUUUUUCGUGGAAUGCACGCAGCAGACUGCGAAGAUAUUAGAGAAUAGUGGGGAGAGUUAUGCAAGUAACCAGGCGUUGAUGGCAUUGUCAGCGUUUUGGGAUUCGUUGCCAGUCGCGGGAUUGACGAGUGCGAAAACAAAGAAGAGGAGGAAAAGAUCUCAGAUUUCGGUGAAAAAUGAGGAUGUUGUGGAGCCAACGAUGUCAGUUGCGGACUAUGAACGAAUAUGUCAGGUUAGUGGAAAUUCGGAGGAUAAGACGGAUGCUUUUCGGAAGACGUGGACGAGUGUUUGGGAGCGAGAGUUGAAGAAUGUUGUGAAAACUGAGCAAAUAACUUUGUCUGAUGCUAUUCGUCACUGUUCGAAAGCAGACGCGUUUGCUAGUGUUAUGCUGCCUGGAAGGAAUGAAGGCGUCGCACACCUACCGGGGUUUCGCAUCGUGGUGGAGAUAAUUCGUUCGUUAUGCGUUGGAAUAUCUGGUAUCAUCACUACGUUUGCGCAUGCUUGGAAUAUCACUGGAUCUGGUGGUGGCGCUCCCACUCUGAUUACUGUCCCUAAUAGUGCUGGAUCAACGAAGCGGAUCCUGCGGGCAUAUUUAAGUGAACUGUUAACGUCCUCAAAGGUUCGACAUGAAGGCGAGUCAUCAUCGCCAUCGCUGGAAAUCCUCUUCAUCCUGUACAAGAUUUUCUCAGAACCUUGUAAUGGAGGUCAACAGGACGGCGACUACUCCAAACACUGGGAUGUUCUAAUGUCUCAACUGGACAGCGAGGGCUGUUCAACUCAGGAGGGCAUCAAAUGGUGUCUUGCUCUUGAGAAAUGCGUGCUUAAUGUCAAUGCCAAGGGUCGAAUGGUAAUGCGUGGAUACGAGAACUUCUUGCAAGCCUUUAAGAGGUAUUGCCGUGCUAUCAUGUAUGGCAUUAUUGCGACUGGUGGUAAAAGUAUAUCGACUAAUGGUUCGAUACGGCGACACCUUAUACGCAAGGAAAGUGAUCGUGUUGCAGUUCGUCAGACACUCGCACAGACGAUGACUACGUUCGGAGAAGGUUGGGUUUCCAGCCUGAUCGCCCAGCUGCUGAAAGCGAGCAUAAGUAUACGCUCCACAAACGAGAUUUACCAACGAGGAAUGAGAAACUUGCUGUUUCCCGCCUUGGUUUCUGGCAUGAAGUCCACAGGCAAGUCUAAUCCGAAGCGACGAUAUACUGGACAGCAAUUAUUCACUGGUAUCGUUCAUGCUGUCAACUCCAUCUUGAAGGAAAGCGAGCCAACUUCUGUAUACCUUGUAUCGCUGAUGCGAUUUUGUGAGGCAUGGGAUGCGUACCAACGUACUCACACAAAAGAGCCGCCUACUAGGGCGAACAGAUGGGGUUUUAAAGCCAUGGUUGAGUUGGAUAUGCUCCCAGAACUUCUUGAAUGCUACGAGAAGAAGGAAGUGGUCCAUCAAGAAACUAGUGAAGCGCUGGAAUAUGCAGCAGAGGUGCUACAAAACGCACCAAACUGUCCGUCGACACUGGAACCAAGUCUUUACAAAGUGCUAUCUGCUGUAAAAGCUGGAGUUGAGCUUGUCAAGACAUCUGUAACUUCUGAUGCUCAGCUUGUAUCACACUCCAGCGAUGUGCUCCAGCGUCUCCUUCGUGCUGUAAGAUUCGCUGACUUGGCUCAGACUCGUGACCUGAUGAGCAGCAUCAAAGAUUCGAUUGGGACUCUUAGCGAGUUAAGACAACAGCUUGAGCGAUGGUUCUCAUUUGUCGAGACUUAUGGUGCAUCUUUCGCCGGCAAAGAAUCGCGGAUGGAGCUGUCGCUAUUGUGUACGAGGCUAAUUCGAUGGUUCCCGAACGAGUUUGGAAGCAUGCGCGUUCUGCUCAUGACUCCACUCGAUCCUCACUUUGUCUUUGCGUUGAAAGCGUUUGUGAAAGAAGCUGGAAGACCGAGCAACAAAGAUUGUUCGUCUUUUCUGAGUUCUACAGCCAGAUCUGCUUUGCCUUCAGCCGUUCGAGUGGAAAUGGCGUUGCAUUUGUAUCUAUCGGCAGCAGCAUUCCCGGAUCUGGAAACUCUGACGGUCUUGCUGUUUAAAGCGAUGAUUAAAUGUCGCUCUCCCGAUGCAUUUGACCACAUCCUGAAGAUUGCACAAAAGAACGGCCGAAUGCUGUUACCGGAAGCCGCAGUCGAAACUUUAAGCUCUCCACUUAAGGGGUUAGAGUUUUCGAGUUCUGCUUUAAUCCAGCACGAUGAAGAAGUCGACGACAAGCAACUCAAGACCCAUGCCAGACUCACCAAAGCUCUCAUUUAUCAGGAGAAUACGCUGAAGCUUCUGGCGGAUUCUGCUUCGAUCUUCGAAGGAGGAAUUUCAUGGUUGGUGCUGCUGUUUGAUGACAAGUCUGCUACGACGUGGCUUCCUCAUUUCUUCGAGUAUAUUUUGAAGACUGAAUUUUGUGGAGGCAGUCUACGCGCUGACCUGUUGCUGACUAAUCUGGAGGAGAUACUGAGAACCGGCUUAGGCGAGAGAGUGCUACGAGAAGCAUUUUGGCUGACUGCGUUGGUCAACACAGCUCUGGUUGCAUGUUCAAGCAGAAGCGCAGGUGCCUACGAGGACAUGGACGCAGAAGGUUACGACAGAUUGCGACUGAUCAGUGGCAAUAUUCUGCGGCUACUAUCGAUUGGUUCCGACACGCUGGAAGUAAGAGGGCAGCUUGAUGGAGAAGUGCUAGGUUUGCUAAAUAUGUCGAAGUGUGCAAGGUUGUCCAUUGUGGAGAAUGGUGCGUCGUGGACCUGUGAACGUCUUAUCGAUAAGAGAACUGCUGCGGCGUUGCGAAUGAGCGUGUCCGAAGUGUGGAAUACUGAGGUGAAGGCAGUGAUGGAGCCUCCUCUUCAGCUCUUCAUGCCUUUCGUUCACUGGUUGUCGGGAGCUCUGCUUUACUCGCAGUCGUUUUUAGAGGAGCCCUCUGCAGCUAUGAGACGUUGGGAGCGCACGUUCACCAGCUACGUGACCGAUCUGUACUUGCAUCUAGAGUUCGAAGGAAUCGCUUGCAACCUUCUCAAAGCGUGGCUUACUACGUGGGUCACGUCCAACAUCGCUCGAGGUCAAGAAGAACUGCAGCUUAUAGCUCUUCUCCCUUCGCAAGUGGCGUUGUUUCGUCGUCUGGCUUUGGCUCUGUAUCGCGGUUCCUCGACGUCAAUUUGGCAAUUAAUUUUUGUCUCCGUCAACCUCGCGUUAGACCACCAUUCGACUGACAACCCGAUGAGCUUUGAGCAAGCAACAGAACUGAUCGUCAGUACGCUGACAACACUGGAGCUUGUUGAACUGUCUGCAUCGUCGGACUUCGUGCGCUUCUGUAAUUUGCAAGACAUUGAGCCGUUCUUCGAAGAGCUAGAGAAGUUCCUAUCACACUCUCAGCUUCGUUCCUGCAAUGCUGAUCAAGUGUGUUGCUUAUUGCAGUAUCCACUGGAGUUGCUUGUAUCCUGCUACGCCUGCAAGAUCCCAGCAGAAUUUGAAGCGGAGUCUCGACUGUUUCUCCAACGUGUCAAGAAGAUUCUUGGAGAAAACUUCUCUGCAAUGAAUGAAGACAGCACUGCGUCAUUUGCAUUGGACGCGACGGAGAUGGACGCGUUCUUCCCGUAUUGGGCGGAUGAGAUGCUGCUCAAGUACGACUACAUCGACCGAGAACGGUGUGUCGAGGUCCUAGAGGUCAUUCAAACCACUACAAGGCAAUAAUUGAAGUGGUGACGAGUUGACAAUAAUGGGAAAUUGGUCAUUAGCUUGCCACAGAUUGUGACUCGUGUCUA